CUCGUGGUUAAAAAUGACAGACCAUAUCAAAAUACUGCAAUUUUCUCCAGAAUUUUGAUAUUUUUGCUGUUGGAUUUCUUAAUGUCGUAUAGGACAUGAUGCUGUUUUUACUGGAUAUGCAUCCAGAAAGUUCCUGUAUGAAACCCUGACAGAAACCCUGUGUAUGUUGAUGAUAUCCGAUGGAAAGUUUCCUCCGCAAAUGAGUAAAAGCUGCAAAGUGAGAGCUCUAUUGGCCUAUUGGAUUUUAGGUCUUUGCAAUAACUAUGGAUACGUUGUUAUGCUUACGGCAGCGCACGAUAUUAUCAAUGGAUACUUGCCAAAUACUACAGAAGACCAUUCUAACAACGCAAGGAACUGCACGCUUAUGUCCACCGGCGCUAUUUUGCUAGCCGAUGUAGUCCCAGCUUUAAUUGUUAAGUUUUUGGCACCUUUUCUACCAUUUUUCGUUCAUAUAAGGGUAGCUAUUUGCGUUAUUUUUGCUAUUGGAGGGUUUUUGCUAGUAUCACUUAGCAAUACCAUGAUCCUAGCUCUAUUAGGUGUGAUUCUUACAUCCUUUGUCAACGGUUUAGGAGAAGUUACUUUUCUACAGUAUAGCUCGUUUUACGACAAAAAUGUUGUAUCAUCCUGGAGCUCGGGGACUGGAGGUGCCGGUGUUAUAGGAUCAAUCUCAUAUUCGGCGUUGCAUAUUAUAGGGAUGAGAUUAGCUUUACAAAUAAUGUUAAUUGUUCCGAUAGCAAUGGCUCUUGCUUUUUGGUGGCUUCUCCCUAAACCUAUGGGCUUGCUGGAUGUGCAGAAACAAGUGAAUGCCAAUGAUUUGGAAAAUCCCAAAGAGGCGCUGAAAUACAAAUUAAGAUUGAUACCUGGUUUGCUAAAGUAUAUUAUACCAUUCAGUUUGGUUUAUUUGUUUGAAUAUUUCAUCAAUCAAGGAACGUUUGAAUUGGUCAAUUUUCCCGAUACUUUUGUAGAUCAAAAGGGUCAGUACAGAUGGCUUCAAGUUUGCUAUCAGGUCGGAGUGUUGAUAUCCAGAUCCUCCGUCAAUUUAUUUCACAUAAGACAAAUAUGGGUCCUAGCUGUCUUGCAGUUUUUAAACGUUAUUAUAUAUACUACAGAAGUUAUAUAUUUUUAUAUUCCCAGUUUUUAUGUCAUGAUAUUCCUGACUAUUUGGGAAGGAUUGCUGGGUGGAUCUGCCUAUGUUAAUACGUAUUAUACAAUAUCAAUGGAAGUGCCAGAAGAAGAUAAACAAUUUUCAAUGGCUAUUACUGGCUUCGGGGACAGUAUCGGCAUUAGUUUGGCAGGCCUUUUUGCGAUGUGGUUUCACAAUAAAAUAUGCGAUUUACCCCUGCCAUAGUUAAUAUUUGUAUUUUUCUAGUAGGUGUUUUGUAAUAACAUGUCUGUAAUUUUAGCAUUUUUUAUUUGAAUUUGCUGACGAUAAUAUUAAAUGUGUUUUCCUAAAUUUUUGAGUAAUAUUAUUAGUAUGAGCCAUUCUUAACAAUAAUUGAGGCGCACAAUAUAUUCACAUAAACAGGACUGUCUCACCUUAGGUAAAAAAAUGCGACUACCCCACUUGAAA